AUGCCCAUAACAGCCCAAAUAGCUCGGCAUGCCGCAAAUCCGCUGCGCAUGACGAAGGAGCGCUCAGACACCGACCUCUUCUCUGGCUCCUGCGAACAAGAAAGCGAAAAUUGCAAAGAAAUCAUCCAAAGCUCCUUCACCAAGAGCGUCCUCCGCAAACAUCACGUCGUCAGCUCUGCCAAUGGCUUUGUAAACGCGGCCCUGACGGCGUACAGUAGCCAUCAUCACCUUAUCUUGAGACCUGACGAUAUCUGGUUCGCUAUCCUCUCUCAGCUCAGCCUGUUCAUCAACGCCCACGCGGAGGAUGUGCGGCACCUCUUCGUCUCGCACGAAGGGCAAAAGGAAUUGGUCGUGGUUGAUAGAGGUAGCAUUGAUUUCGCUGACUUUGGGAAGGUCGCCGUGAGGAUGACUGAUGAGAUCCAAGCGAAUGUCUUAGAUCCUGCGCUCAAGACUUGGGCGAUGCCGGACUUUAGCACGACGACGGAGAGCGACCGUGUCGUCGCCGCGGUCUUGAUGAUGGGCAGUCUGCAGAAGUACUUUCAAUAUAGGUUUCAGUUCGUGUGUGGCAUUCCUUCUGUGACGCUGUUGGGCGAGAGAGAAGAUUGGGCCAAGUUGGUUGGGAAGAUCGGAAAACUGGCGAGCUUGGGCGAUGAGUGUGCUAAAUUCGCCGAGCUUCUGGAGCCGGUUCUCGUUCACUUCGUGGAGACUUUCGAUCACCCAUCAUCCGAGACUGUCGUGGAUUUCUGGCAGAGAAUCGCCUUCAAAGUCGGAGGAGGCAGUGGCGCACGGUUUCUUUCGGGCUGGAUCACGGCGUUCUGCUUCUGGAACGAAGAUGGUGGAUGCAUGUACGACAGGCCUAUGAGUGAAUACAACCUUAGGCGUGUCGAAGGGACUAGACAUGGUUGUGAGCUUGGAGGCGUCCGAUAUCAUCGAGUCGACACUGCUGAUAUACCGCCUGGAUGGGCAUCCGUGCCGGUUGAGCUAGAUGAUCAUGGGGAGAUCACUCACACCAGAAUGGUUGCGGGCUCGGUAGCGAUAGAAGGUGGCACCAGCUCCGGAGCAAAUCUUGAUGAUGCAGACGAUGGGCCAAAGGAAACCCUCACUCUCGAUUCGGUUCAACCAAUGGCAGGCUGGUGGGUAUAUGAAGUCAAGAGUGAAGAGAAAUCUGACGAUUGCAACGAGGCGAAGAAAUGA